AUGGCAGUCCUGCUAGAAACUUCAAUUGGAGAUAUUGUCAUUGACCUAUACCCUGAUUUAUGCCCCAAAACGUGCCUCAAUUUCUUAAAGCUCUGCAAAAUAAAGCACUAUAACAACUCUCUUUUCUACAACAUAGAAAAAAAUUACACAGUAAAAUGUGGGCAUUUAAAUCAAGAUAACUCAAUUUUUGGAAUUUUGCAAGGCCAAGAAAAGAAAUAUUUUGAGGACGAAAUUACUCCUGUAUUAAAACAUGAUAGAGUAGGAAUUGUAUCAAUGGCGAAUAGAGGCCCAGAUAUGAGCGCUUCACAUGUAAUUGCUAUUUAGUUCUUUAUUACAUUGGGAUCUCAAGGCCAAGAUUUAGAUAGAAAGCACACGAUUUUUGGAAUAGUUGGCGAAGGCUUAUAGAAUUUUCCUUUAAAUUGCCUAUAAGUUAUUUAUAAUAUGAAAGGGGAAAUUUAUUGAGACAAGGCAUAGAUAUUGUAGAAAAUUUCAAUAAAAUUUAUUGUGAUGAUGCUGGGAGACCGUAUAGGGACAUAAGAAUUAAGCAUACAUAUAUACUAGAAGACCCUUUUCCAGAUUUGCCUAAUUUAAUAGUCCCAAAUAGCCCUGAGCCGGUCACAGAAAGUGAUAGACUUUUGGACAAUGAAAAAAUAGAUGAAAAUAUUGACGAAAAACAAAUAGAAACCAGCAUAAAAGAAAACGAGGCGAAAACUCGAGCAAUUGUAUUAGAAAUCCUUGGAGACUUGCCUGACGCUGAUAUCAAGCCACCAGAAAAUGUCGCUUUUGUGUGCAGGCUAAAUGCCCAUACGACCAGCCAAGAUUUGUAUGUAAUUUUCAGCAGAUUCGGUCCUAUAAAAUCUUGUGAGGUCGUAAAAGAUUGAAAAACAGGUGAAAGCUUACAAUAUGCAUUUAUUGAGUAUGAAAAUCCAAGAGACUGUGAAGAAGCUGUACUUAAAAUGGAUAGGGUGAGGAUUGACGAGAGGAGAAUCCAUGUAGAUUUUUCCCAAUCAGUCUCAAAACUCUGAAAAAAAUACAGAAGAGGACAGUCCACAAAAGAAGGAAACCAACCAUAUAAAAUAAAGGACACUUUACACAAUGCAAGAUUUAAAGAGCAGAGGCACAAAAUGGUUUUUGAUGACUCAGAUAAAGAAAUCAAAAAGAAAAAGAAAAGAGAGGAAUAA